GUGCUUUGGUUAAAUCAGCCAAAAUUUAUCGAGGUGCUAACAAUAAUGAAGAAAGAUUGGAGUGACUGUGCUAAUGACGAUAUCAGCAUGCGCAAGACAGCAAGCAAAGCUAAAACGUCGGAACGUAUUACAAAAAUUAUCCUCAUCCUUCAUACAAUGUCAGUUGUUAGCUUCAGUAUCGGUGUCAUCCUGGCCAAUGUCGAUGUCACCAGUAACACGACGGACUUAAUCUUCCUCACUAAGAUAGAAGUUCCUUUCGAUGUAAACACGCAACGCACAUAUAGAUUUAUUUUACUAACAGAAUUGUGUUUUAUAUUCAUGAUGGCCUGGUCGUCUGGUACAACGAAUUCCUUGUUAUUAAUUCUGACCUUACAUACAGCCGGCCAAAUCAAUAUUUUGCGUUAUUGGUUAACGCAGCUCACACCCUCCGGAAAUUCGAGUAAAGGUGAAUCACUCGCUGCCGCAACGACUAAAAUUAUUGAAAAGCACAAAAAGAUUAUAUGUUUUUCGAAGAAUAUAGAAAGCCUUUAUACAUAUAUUGCGCUGGUGCAAUUUGUGUCAAACACGUUAAUGAUCUGUACACUAGCUUUCCUUGUCGUAACAACAAUCGGCAGCCCUAAUGCGACGAAGCAAAUAGUGAGAUCUUUUUUCUUUUUCGCUAUAACAAAUCUCGAAGUGUAUAUAUUUUGCUUUGCUGGAGAAUACCUGAAGAACAAGAACAAAGAAAUUGGUUUUGCGGCGUACAACUCUGCGUGGUAUGACAUGAAAACUAAAGAUAGUCGUGCCCUGUUAUUUAUCAUGUUAAUAUCGCAAAAACAGUUGACACUUACAGCUGGAAAGAUGGUGGAUUUAUCCUUGCAAUCUUUUACAAGUAUCAUAAAUGCUUCGGGAUCAUUUCUGUCGAUGCUAUUGGCGAUGCGAUAAAUACUAGAU